AAUUGAAUUCCGCUUCUAGUUACUCUUCCUGAGGACUCCACUCUGCUAAAUAUAACAAAUCCUGCGCCCAUUUCUUCGUCGGCUGUGCUCUAAUGCCCUAAGGAACAUCAAGUACUUGUCGGUAUGCACUAGCGCCAACGAAAACAUUUCUGGACGUGUUUCAGCACCCACCAUAAAGGCUCUGAAUUUCUACGCAUCUCAUUAAACAUCUCAUUCAUUCUGAUCUUCCCUCCAAAAUGGCGUCACAGCCCGCAAUUCCAGACCUCACAGACGCAGAUCUAGCAAUGAUAUUCCAAGUGCUCGAUGCGUAUCUAAAUACGAUGAUACUGCAGGCUUUGUUACUUGGCGCAUAUAGUUGCAUACUAGCUAUUACUUUAUGGUACAUGUUUCGCGGGAAAGAACACAGAUACAGGGGAUUCAUGCUGUUCACAGUCCUCUCGCUCUACAUCCUCGCUGUGGUUGACUUUGCCUUCAAUUGGUCCUUCACGCGUACCGCGUUCAUAACCGACGGGCAGAAUUUCUGGAGUGUAUUCAUGGCGAUGUUCGGAUCUACAUCCUCGUUACGACCGCCUCAUUACCUAGUAUCUGGGAUCACAGGACUCAUCAGUACAGUCCUCGCUGAUAUUGCUUUGAUAUGGCGCUGCUGGAUCGUCUGGGGCCGCCGCUGGCUAAUCGUCUUAAUCCCUAUUUUGUGUACCAUAACCAGCGCCACGAUCAAAAGCAUACAGACCUAUCGUGGUCUACGGGACAUGGUAGACUCUGUAAGCCAGGAGUCUGCGCAAGCAUCGUCAAUCGACUUGACGACCGUCUACAUCGCAAUGGCUCUCGCUACAACACUCUUAUGCACUGUUCUAAUCGUGUAUCGUAUCGUGAGCGUUGGUGGAGCACGCUAUGCAUCGGGCAUCCGCACAUACCGGGGUGCCAUCGAGGUGGUCGUGGAGUCUGCAGCUCUCUUCUCGGCAUCUUUAAUCGUUUACGUAGCAUUGGUUGCCCACAAUAGUGUGGCGGAUGACUACUUGGAUGUCAUCGCGGCAGCAUUUAGGGGAAUCGCGCCCACCCUUAUCGUUGGCAGAGUAGCUUCUGGGCAUGCCCGCCCAGAUGAUUCAUGGAAGGAAACGGCAUUGACCGCCACGCCUUUUGAUUCUAUUCACUUUGCCCGUUCUCGUCACGAGAACAUGACGAGCACGCAGGACACGGUCGGUGUCAGUGCUCGAAGUAUUAUUCUCGUGGAUUCACAUUCCACUACAAAUGAAAAUGGGCAAAAAUUGAAUGUUUGACAACACCUGGUAUUACCUAACUUAGAGCCGUUGCUUUCGACGUGUAAUUUCCUAUCUAUAUGCAUAUGGAGAACCCAUAUUUCUUGGUUUUCUCGAUGUCACUCAAUUGGCGAAUGACAAUGCAGUACAUUUUCCAUUUUCAACUCUGCCGACCUAAUUGCAGGAGACUUGAGUCUUGCGUACUCCUGGCUUCUGGUCCAUGGCACUGUUCUGAGCUCUCUCGCGCCCACAACCAUCACAGUGAUUCCAUGCCUAACUUGCUUAGACGAUUACUUUGAUCGUCUCCAUCAUGGUCACCAAUACAGUGCCUGGCUGUGGUAACGCUUCAGUUGGUUCUCGGCGAUCAG